UUCAGGUAUAGCAUGUAAACAAGAUCAUUUAUUAAGGACAACACAAACAUAAACGCAGUGCAAUAAACCAAACCCCAAAACUAACACAAAUACAUACAACAAGCACAACGUAGUCAUGCAGGCCGGGUCGGUAGCUAACGGGCAAACAGGGUACCAGGAGCGAGCGGAAGAGUGGUCAGGAAUAGCCGAGGUCAGGACAGGCGGAUUUCGUUCAGAGUCAGGAUCAAAGCAGGAUCAGGCAGGAAGCAGACAGGAUGCAGGUACAGGGCUCAUGGGAAACAUACACCAAGGCACUGAUCACAGGCCUGGUCCUGCUUAAAUACACUUCCUUUAAUCAGCCUCAGGUGAUGGCCUGAUUGCAGGAGUGAGAUACUGGCAGCUGAUAGCACCCGCUGGCCAGCCUUGGUACUGCAGCCCACAAGGCAGGUGAGUCCCACCACCAUUGGCGAGUCCAUUCCUGACAGAAAUAGAGAC